CGAAAACUGAUUGAAUUUUAUUUUGCGAAUUUGGAAUUUUUGUUUAAUCCCCCAAAAAAGGAGAAUUGAAACUCUAUAAUUGAAAAAUUGUGAAUUUAUUUACAUCUCAAAUCAACCAGAUUCUUGGCUUUUUAUUGUCUUUAUUUGACAAUAUAUUAGAAAUUUAAAUUAAAAGAAAGAAAAAUUCAAGGGAUAAUUUUAAUGACAAGAAUAUUUAUCUCUUCAAAUUACAUAUUUUCUGAUUGAAAUUGAAAAUGGAAUUAAAUAAUUUAAACUGAAAAUAGGUACAUAUUCCAAAAAUAAAACCAUUUUAAUGGGUCAAAAUUUCGUUUACAUCUUUAAUAACACAAUUAUAUGAUUUGUGGCAGUAAUGCCCUCGUCAGAGGAAAGCCAGUGGCUUGUAUCCUCCUUGAAAGGCAACGCACCGCCUUCAGGAGUUGGGGAACGAUCAUCAGGAACUAGAACUGGAUUAUAUACAGAAGAAAUGACAACACAAACGUCAAAAACUGCUAGUACGGAAAUUAGUACAUCGGCCGAUCCGGCUGAACAUGAUCUUAUUGAUUCGACAGCUGCACAAUUUCAUGAAGAAGCCAUAAAACAGGUUGGCGUUGGUUACUUUCAGUUUUUAGUGACAUUCUUCGCUGGUUUAAGUCUUGCAUCCGAUACUAUUGAAUUUUUCGUUGUACCUUAUAUUCUUCCGAGUGCAGAAGUUGAAUUGUGCAUUGAAGAUAGCGAAAAAGGAUGGCUGGCGAAUAUCACACUUUUGGGACUUGCUUUGGGAGGACUUUGUUGGGGAGGAUUGGGCGAUCGACUUGGAAGAUGGAGAACUUUGAUAUCGGCGAUGUUGGUCCACGUAAUUUUCAGUGCAGUCGCUACUUUUAUGCCGACUUACGGCACAUUUAUGACUGCUAGACUUUGUUCUGCCGUUGGUGUUGGUGGAGCUCUGCCGUUGACUUUCACAUAUUUGGCGGAAUGUUGCCCGCGAUCAAGAAGAGGACGAUGGGUCGCGGCUCUCGUUUGCGUGGGUGCAAUCGGCGGUGUUUACACAGCUUUAAUUGCAAUGGCGAUACUUCCAACAACUGGCGAUAUGAUUGUCCUGGAAAAUAAGGAGCACUUCAGCGCUUGGCAUCGUUUUCUCUUACUCUGCUGCCUGCCAGCGCUUGGCGCAACUAUUGGUCUUGUAUUUUUGCCCGAAAGUCCACGAUAUCUCAUUGAAGCUGGUCGCGAUGUUGAGGCAAUGAUGGUAUAUCAGAGGAUAUAUAAGAAAAAUGACUCAAAGAAAGCAGCAGCUGAGGCUGAAUAUCAACUUUCGGAAUUGGAACUUCCGAAUAAAAGACCGUGUCCCUUGGCUCCGCCGUCGCCAUCCGAUCAUUCGAGUGUUUUGGGUGAUAUUCUCUACUCGAUCGGAAUGUUCUGGAAUUCAUUUCUCGAACUCUUUUCAACGCAACAUUUGCGGGCAACUGUUGUACUUCUAGUCAUUUGGUCGGCUUCUGCCUUUGGAUUAUACGGAUUGAUGAUAUGGUGUCCGGAGUACGUGAAAUUAUUGCGAGCAAUCGAGUACAAAACUCACACCGAAGUAUUCAAAGAUCAAGAACUUACGAAUGAAACAUUCACAGGUUCCCUGGAGAAUCGACAAUAUAAGGACUCAAAAUUUUUUAACUGCAAAUUUAAUAAAAUGAUAUUUAGCCACGUUGAUUUUGAUAACUGCACUUUCCAAGCUGUUGAAUUCAGUAGCAUCAAGUCUAGCAAGACACAUUUUAUAGACAGUAUUAUCGAAAAUUCCAAAUUUUUAGACACGGAUCUCUCAGCUCAGGUUUUUGUGAGAUGCAAAUUUGAAAAUAAUACGGAGUUAAGUAUAGGCAAUCCAUGUCCAACGAUGGAUUUGGAUUAUAAUAUUUAUAUUGAAGAGGUGAUAUACGGUCAUCUCGUUGGACAAGUUAUGAUUGUUUUAUCAGCGGCUUUCACUGGAUUCGCACUCACUAAUUUACGGAGACCAAAGAUAAUUGGUAUAUCGUUAUUUUUUUCUUCCAUCGUUGCACUUUGCUUGGUUUUUAAGGAUACAAGCAGAACCGCCGUUCUCAGCUUCGAAGGUGGUUUUCUCGCUGUUUUCGCAGUGGCUUGGACGUCCUUGAUUCUUGCUACUGUUGAAAGUUAUCCCGUACAUAUACGAUGUACAGGAUUUGGUUUGAUAGCAGCUGCAAUACGCAUAUCCGGCUUAAUUGGUACAAUGACGUUCCAAUCGCUUGUAGGUUCACCGCUCAUUGUUCCGGCAAUAUUGACUGCAGUGGCUUUAUUCUUGGCAAGUAUCGCCACUUUCGAAUUGCCACAAACUGACUCAGUCUUCUUAUAAAUAUAAAAAAAAAAUAGAGAAAGAAAGGAAAAAAAAGGAAACUCUCACAAAUAUCUUGAAAAUGAACAAUUCCAAGAGAGCAAGAGGAAAUUCCUUGUUUGUCAUGCUCAAUUAAAGUGUCGAAGGUAAACUUCUUCUUUUUUUUUUUACUGAUACUGACAGUCAAAUUAAUCUCAGAGAUUAAGAAAACCAGGAGAAAGAAAAUUCCCCUUCUCACAUAUAGAAAGAAAAAAAGAAAAAAACAGAAAAACUGUCGGAAAGUUCGCUAAGCGCACAGAGAUUGUUCUCGUAAUAGUCCUAAAAAAAAUUGUCAAGAGAGUGAUCAAAUUUUAUACACAAAAAAAAAGAAAGAAAGAAAAAAUACUGUUGAUGUUAAAAAAUAGUCAUUGAAUUUGCCUGCGAAAGAUAAAGCAAGUUCAAUAAUCUUUUUUUUAAAAAAAGAUAGAAUUUCAAUUUUUACUAUACUCAAAAAGAAAACGGGAUAUUUUUAUCCCUCUCGACAGAGCAAAACGUAAAGAGGCUAAAAAAAAGAGAUUUUACAAGUACGUAUAAAAUAAUCAUAGGUAUAUUUUUUAGUAAAUCGAGAUUAGUUUUUCGAAAAAUGUGCGCAAAAACAAUUUUUU